AUGCGUCGAGCAGAAGAUACUCCAUCACUCUGGCAAAAUGCCCAAUCCAGAUAUACUGACAUAUCAAAAAGCUUGCAAGAUACUCUACAGUCCCAUAUGUCGAACAUGAAUCAUGCUUCACAACCAGAUUUCUUUGAAAUGUUACACAAAUUGCAUACUACGAUUCCAAACGAAGCUACCAAGGAGAUCUUCGAUCAUGAACAAGCUGCAUCAACCAUGGGCCUCAGACCUGAAGCCACCCAUUUUAUCAAGCUGCCGUUUCUCUCUGGCAAUCGUGAAGAAAGUCUUGAGAAUGUCAUGAUAGGUGAGGGUGCCGCUGAUGUUGCCUUUGCGCUCAAGUCGAAGCGCUUGUCAGACUAUGAAGAUAUCAUCAAGGCUUUUCGAAACUCCUGGGUCGAUGAUAAUCAACUGGGCCAGGAUUCACAAACAGCAGAGAAGAGUGACAAUGGUCAAGAUGUCUUGCAAGAGAGAAGAGACUUUGCCGAAAGAGCAAGCAAACUGAACUAUACUUUAAACCUUGAUGACGAAACACCAAAAUGCAUCUCACAGCUAUGGGAUCUUAAUAGAGUCAAAGAAGGCGAAAAGGAUAUAGCCGAGCGUUGCUUCAUAUCUUACAUCACUUCUACAGCUCCGCUCAACGGUCUAUUCGACAAAGAUAAAAUCAAGUCGUUAUCCGAUGUGGACACGUCUAUGAAAAGGUGUGUCAGAUAUCUCAAAGACGACCCUAUACUGAAAGAACAUUAUGCGACUGUCGUACGUCUGCGACGUGAAAUGAACGUUGGUAUCUCGGAGUACCAGAGAUCAUUUGAAGAAACGAUGACAAGGGUUGGACAAGAAUUACGUAGUGCAUCAAACUUUCUCACGGAUAUUAAAUCCGAGUACGAAUCUUCGAAUGAUAUACGAGUGAAAACCGCCUUGAAGGCUUUUACAGCCAAGUCCGUAUUGGAUGCUAGACAGUUUGACCUGUUCGAACAUAGAGCCAUAAGAAAGGCAAACCAGAAAUCUGGAGUCCAAGAUGAAUCCACAAAAAUGCCAAAGGCAGAAAGAUCUUUCUCUACCGCUAGAGCUCAAUUAUCUCAUUAUGAAGGAUUUGAAGAUUGUCAUAAUUUAGCAGAUCUUGCAGGGAUUUUAGAAGAGUUAGAUACCAUCGAUGAUUAUGAAAUCCAAUCUCAAUUCGACGAAACACAACAAGGUGAGCUAGAUUCUCGAGACGUUUCGAGUAUAUUAGUAUGUUGCUAA